UCAUGUGAGGGGCGGCGCAUCCCGGUGGGAGCGGGACGUAGGAUGGCGGCGGCUGCCGGCGCUGGUGACCGGGCUGGAGCCGAGCUGCCGGACGCCUGCCCCGGCGCGGACAGCGGGAACGUGUCCCAGAGCCAAAGCAGGGCCUCCGGCCUCGGGGAGGCGGAGGACGAGGAUGCCUCGGAGGCGUCGCUCAGCGCCACCGCCGCCGCCUACUCCGCGUACCUGCUCGCCGACCGCAGCCUCUUCAGCGAGCAGAUAGAAAGCUUAGACAAGAGUCUAGAAGACUUACUGACCAGGGUGGAUGAAUUCGUAGGAAUGCUGGAUAUGAUUAGAAGUGAUUCCUCUCAAGUUGUCAAUGAAAGUAUACCUGAAAUUUACACAAAAGCUACAGAAAUGAGGCAGAUAUAUAGGAAGAUUGACAAACUAGAGGCUUUUGUGAAAAUGAUUGGGAAUAGCGUAGCUGGACUGGAAGAACGGGUCGCAAAGGCAGAAACAGACCUUGGAGCUUUUCCCAGCACCUUCAAGAAGCUCUUGCACACAAUCAGCAUGCCAUCCUUCCUUAAUGUUUUGCCCAAAGUUCUUCCCUUGGGAAUACCAGGCAGUGUAAAGAACAGUACUAUAAGGCUUCUAAUAUCACUAAGAAUGUAGACUCUCAAAAGAAAUCGUCUUCCUCACGACAGCAGCAGACCCUCUAUGAACCUCCAGUCCUCUUCAAGACUGAAGACUAUUUUCCAUGUCUUAAUGAAGCACCUUAUUGAUGAUUUUUGCUUUGGGAUUGAUAUGAAUCAGCCAGAAUAGAGAAGCCAAGUGAACAAAAGGAAUGCCAACCUCAGAACAACUGCAUUUUCUAAGCACUAUUGAUGGCAUAUUGCCAUUCUGAUUCUCAUUGUCUUCCUUCAGGCAAUAUUUUCAGGUAAUCUUUCUUUGUGCACAUUAUUUCAAAAGCCUUCCUAAAACACCAUGUAAGUUUUCAGAUUAUUUUGGGGAAGGAAUUUAAGAAUAUUUUUGAAUUACUUUUUUUUAAUAUGGAAAUAAUAGGAAACAUACUAUUGUAUAUAAGUUUUUUAACACAUAAAUAUCUGUGCUGCUGCACAUGUAAAUAGCUAUAUUGCAAGCAGGGGGUUUGUUUGUCUUUUUUCAUAAUGUGCUGAUUGAGUUGAAAGAAAAACUAUGCAUUAGGUUUUACAUCCAUUCCAAGGUAUAAGCCUGGUCCCUGCAGUUUGUACAGAGAAAUGCACCACGUUGGGAUUUACUUGUUGCAGGGGCAGGACUUGGAAGGUCGUCCAGGAAUCAAGGACAUGGCUCAAGCCAUGUGAUGUAGUCCUAGUUCAUAAAGCAAACAUCCUACCCCACUGAUGAUCCUCAGGUCCCAGUGACCCAGACUUUUAAUUAUUGCAUCCUUGUAUUGUUUGAUGUGUAACCAGGUGGACGUGAAAUAAAUUUAUAUAUAGAGAGAUAUAGAUGUAUAAAACCUGCUGUCAAAAGGAACAAGUACCUAAGUUGGGGAGGGAUGACCCUCGACUGAACUUCAGUCAGGUACCUGACCAGAUUGCUUUUCCUUCACAACUCUCUGUGGAUACUGAGGUUUCCCACGCUGAUUGCAAUUUGUAUUAUCAAUAAAAUAAUAGCUGGCUAA